CUGGGUGCCCGCCCCUGGGCCUCCCCUCCGCGGCCGCGGUGAAGCCGGCAGGCGGCGGCAGAAGAUGGCGGCGGUGGCGGCGCUGCGCGCCCUGCGGAGGCUCUGCAGCAUCGCGCUCUUCCUGUCCCAGCUCUACGUUCUCUCGGGCCGCGCAGGAUCUUUGAUGACUACAAAGCAUUCAGAGCCACAGUCUGCAUUUGCAAAAAGUCUAACUUCGACAAGCACAAAUACUCCCUAUUUUAAAGAAGCAGAAAGUACAGAAAUUCCAUCUUAUGUGACUAAAUGUCCUAGUAACGGGCUUUGCAGUAGAUUGCCAGCAGACUGUAUGACAUGUAACACGAACUAUUCCUGUAUAUAUGGGAAGCCGGCUGCUUUUGAUUGCAGAGUCAAGCCACAUGUUCACUGUGUGGAUCAGAAUAACCUUGAGCAGGAGAACUUUACAAUUAACAUGACCUGCCAGUUCUGCUGGCAGCUUGCAACAACUGAUUACGUGUGUACCAAUUCUACAAGCUGCAUGACGGUUUCUUGUCCGCGACAGCGCUACAAUGCCACUUGCACGGUGCGAGAUAAUGUUCAUUGUCUAGGUAACCGUGUCUUUCCCAAGAUGCUCUACUGCAACUGGACUGGAGGUUACAAGUGGUCUACUGCCUUGGCACUAAGCAUCACCCUUGGUGGAUUUGGUGCUGAUCGUUUCUAUUUGGGCCAGUGGCGGGAAGGUCUGGGAAAACUCUUCAGCUUUGGUGGACUUGGAAUAUGGACACUAAUUGAUGUGCUGCUAAUAGGUGUUGGCUAUGUGGGACCUGCAGACGGUUCUCUGUAUAUUUAAACAUGGGUGCAGCAUGUUUUGGAGAGGAUUGCUUGGAAGGGGCUCUGAAUAAAAGAAUGUAGAGGUGCGAGCCUUUCAGGUAGAGUGAAUAACAUCUGUUUUUCUGUGUGCAUACAUUUUAAUGUACAGUAUCUGUACUUAGUUUGCCUUUAACUAAGGUAAAAUAAAGAAGUGGAUCACUGAGCUGAAAUGAA